CCCAGGCUCAGUCCCUACAGCUCCUCCAUCUGCACAGCGGAGCUGGACGGACCAGCCAGAAUGUGGAGGGCAUUGCUACUUCAACUCUUUUUCCUUUUUAUAUGCUGUAGACGGUGCCACUCUGAGGGUUGUGAGUUGGGGCAGUUCCGCUGUGGGACCGGACGAUGCAUACCUGGUGACUGGCACUGUGAUGGGACGUCCGACUGUGUAGAUGACUCCGAUGAGCACGACUGCCGUAACAUGCGAUGAGAGUCAUUUCCAGUGCCUGAGUGAUGGUGAGUGUAUCCCAGAUGUGUGGGUGUGCGACGACGAGGAAGACUGCGAAGAUGGUUCAGAUGAACGGCAACACUGUCCUGGCAGGACAUGCACCAGCGGCCAGUUCAGCUGCAGUAACGGGGCGUGCAUCCCAGGAGAAUACCGAUGUGACCACCUGGCAGACUGCUCAGAUGGAUCUGAUGAGAGAAAUUGUCAUUACCCCGAGUGUACAGAGCUGAGGUGUUCCAACGGAGCCUGCUACAACCGGACGCAGCAGUGCGAUCACAUACUUGAUUGUCGCGACGGCUCUGAUGAGGCAAACUGCACACAGCACUGCAAUUCGGGUCUGUUUCAGUGUCAUAAUGGACUGUGUGUUCCUCAACGCUACAUCUGUGACCACGAUGAUGACUGUGGAGACAGAAGUGAUGAAAUAAAUUGCACAUAUCCCACAUGCAGAGGGAACUACUUUUCUUGUCCUAGCGGUCGUUGUAUCCACCAAGUGUGGCUUUGCGAUGGAGAGGAUGACUGUGAGGAUAACGCAGAUGAAAAGGGCUGUGAUAACGUACCACGGGAGUGCUACCCAGGCGAAUGGCCCUGUCCUUCCUCUGGUCUGUGCAUCCCCAUGGAUAAGCUGUGUGAUGGGAAUACUGACUGUCCCGAGGGAGAGGAUGAAACUAACACCACAGCCGGGCGCAACUGCAGUAUCUGGAAAUGUGCAUCUCUGAGCUGUGAGCAUCACUGUCACGCUUCCCCAGACGGAGGAACUUGUUCCUGUCCUUCUGGAUACGUUGUCAACAACAACGACAGUUGCUCAUGUACAGAUUUUGAUGACUGCUCCAUGUGGGGAGUGUGCGACCAGCUGUGUGAGGACCGCAUAGGCUCGCAUCGCUGCAGCUGUAUGGACGGCUACAUUCUGGAGCAGCACAGAUACUGUAGAGCUGACGCCUCGACUGGAGUUCCUUCCUUGAUAUUUUCCAAUGGAAGAGACCUGCUAAUAGGCGACAUCCAUGGCAACAGUCUACGUACUUUAGUGAAUUCACAGAACAGAGGGAUUGCAGUGGGGGUAGACUUCCACUAUAAUUUCAGUAUGAUCUUCUGGACUGAUACCAUACAAAAUAAGGUGUUUUCCGUGCAUAUGGAUGGCUCCAACGUGCAGGUGGUUUUAAAUGUAUCGGUUGACUACCCUGAGAAUCUGGCAGUGGACUGGGUGAACAAUAAACUGUAUGUAGUGGAAGCAAGCGUCAACAGGAUUGAUAUGGUGGACUUUGAUGGAAGCAACCGGGUCACGCUCAUCACUGAAAACCUGGGUAAUCCUAGAGGACUGGCGGUGGACCCUACUGUCGGGUAUAUGUUUUUCUCAGAUUGGGAGGCGGCAAAUGGACAACCGGGCCUCGAGCGAGCCUUCAUGGAUGGUACUAACCGCUAUGGGAUUAUUAGGACUAAACUAGGCUGGCCUGCUGGUAUUACACUGGACAUAGAAGCCAAGCGCAUCUACUGGGUUGACAGUCGCUUUGACUACAUUGAAACUGCAACAUAUGAUGGUCUGCAUAGAAAAACUGUUGUCCACGGAGGCGCUGUGAUCCCACACCCGUUUGGUAUCAGUCUGUUUGAGCACAGCGUCUAUUUCACGGACUGGACCAAGAUGGCCGUGAUGAAAGCUAAUAAGUUCACUGACAGUAGUGCUCAAGAAGUCUACAGAACAUCUCAGACUCCACAUGGUGUGGCAGUGAUACACCGGCUGAAACAGCCGACAGUGGCAAAUCCGUGCAGCGCAGACAGAGGUGGAUGUGAGCAAAUCUGCGUUCUGAGUCACAGGAGUGAUAAUGGAGGACUUGGUUACCGCUGCAAAUGUCGCAUGGGCUACGAUCUCCAUGCUGAUGGCAAACGAUGUUUAGCUGUGAGGCAGUUUCUGCUGUUUUCCAGCCAGCUGGCCAUCAGAGGAAUCCCUUUUAACCUCUCCUCUCAGGAGGACGUCAUACUACCCGUCACCGGAGCACCCUCGUACUUCGUUGGAGUGGAUUUCAGCGCAGAAGAUGAUGCGAUUUUCUUCUCAGAUACAGCCAAAGAUAUUAUCUACAAGCAAAAGGUGGAUGGGACAGGAAGGGAGGUACUGGCAGCCAACAGAGUGGAUGGAGUGGAAGACCUGGCUUACGACUGGAUUUCAAAAAACCUAUACUGGACUGACCCUCGAUACCGGAGCAUAUCCGUCAUGAAGAUUUCUGAUAAGUCUAGGAGAGCCAUUAUACAUAACCUCAACAACCCAAGAGCUAUUGUUGUGCAUCCUCUAAUAGGGUAUAUUUUUUGGACUGACUGGUACAGACCGGCGAAGAUCAUGAGGGCUUGGGGGGACGGGUCACAUGCCGUGUCUAUUGUAAACACGACUCUCGGCUGGCCGAAUGGCCUAGCCAUCGACUGGAGCUCCAUGCGUCUGUAUUGGGUGGAUGCUUUCUUUGACAAAAUUGAGCACAGCAACUUUCAUGGGCAAAACAGGCUCUCUUUGGACCGGAUAACCCAAAUCUCUCACCCAUUUGGUCUCACCAUCUUUGAAGGGUAUGCAUAUUUUACUGACUGGCGCCUGGGCGGCAUUGUGCGCGUGCGUAAGACGGACGGUGGGGAGAUGGUCAUUAUUAGAAGAGGAAUCAGCCACAUCAUGCAUGUCAAGUCUUUCAACUCCAACUCUCAGAUUGGUUCCAACUUCUGCAACAGGCAGGCCAAUCCGAACGGCGACUGCAGCCACUUCUGCUUCCCGGCCCCGGACUCGCAGAGGGUGUGUGGCUGCCCGUACGGCAUGAAGCUGUCUCCUAACCAGCAAACGUGUGUCGACGACCCUUCCAGUGAGCCCCCCACGCUGCAAUGUGGAGCCAAUUCCUUCUCCUGUGGCAACGGCAAAUGUAUCCCAAGCAGCUACAGAUGCGAUGGUGUUGACGACUGCCAUGACAACAGCGACGAAGUCAGCUGUGGAAUUAACAACAACACUUGCUCGCCCUCUGCCUUCACCUGUGCCAAUCAGCGCUGCGUGCCUGCAGGGUGGCGCUGCGAUGGCCACAAUGACUGCUUUGAUAACAGUGAUGAGAUCAACUGCCCGACAAAAAUCCCUGGAACGUGCCCCACCAAUCAGUUCACUUGUGCCAACCACCGAUGCAUCCCGCAUACCUGGCGUUGUGACACUGAUAACGACUGUGGGGACAGUUCAGAUGAAGCCAACUGCCACCUGGGAGGAACAUGCCAUCCAGGACAGUUUCAGUGUCCCGACCACCGCUGUAUAGACCCCAGCUACGUUUGUGACGGGGACAGGGACUGUGUGGAUGGAGCAGAUGAGCAGGGAUGCACCUACAACUGCACUGUGACUGAAUUCAAGUGUGUCAGUGGUCACCAGUGUAUCAACUCCUUCUACCGAUGUGAUGGGGUCUUUGAUUGUAGUGAUCGAUCAGAUGAGCAACACUGUCCUACCAGGCCUCCAGGGAUGUGCCACCACGAGACUGAGUUUCAGUGCCAGUCAGACGGGAGUUGUGUCCCAUCUACUUGGGAGUGCGACGGUCAUCCAGACUGUGAAGAUGGCAGCGAUGAACACCAGGCUUGCCGGCCUCGCACCUGCCCUUCCUCGCUCUUCCGCUGCGAUAAUGGAAACUGCGUGCUGCGCAGCUGGCUUUGUGAUGGAGACAACGACUGCAGGGACAUGAGUGAUGAGAGAGACUGUCCCACGCCACCUUUCCGAUGCCCCAGUUGGCAGUGGCAGUGCCCCGGCCACAGUGUUUGCAUCAACCUCACCACGGUGUGUGACAACACUCCCGACUGCCCCAACGGUGCCGACGAGUCUCCUCUUUGCAAUCAGGAGAGCUGCUCCGACAACAAUGCUGGCUGUACACACGGUUGUAUCCAAGGGCCAUUUGGGGCCCAGUGCACGUGCCCCGUGGGUUAUCAGCUGAGCAAUGACUCCAAAACCUGCCAGGAUAUAGACGAGUGUCGUCCCCCGGGACUAUGUAGCCAGCACUGUUUUAACGAGAGAGGCUCUUUCCGCUGUCAUUGCCAGGAUGGUUACACUCUGGAAGCAGAUCAGCGUACCUGCAAGGCCUCAGAUUCUCGACAGGCGUUCCUGCUCGUGGCCAGUCGAAAUCAGAUUGUGGAAGAUGACAUCACCGCUCAUCCCAAUGUUGUCCGGUCCGUGGUUCGAGACGGACGCAACAUUGUGGCCUUAGACUUUGACUCCGUCACUGACCGGGUGUAUUGGUCCGAUACGAGCCAGGACAGAAUCUGGAGUUCUCACAAAAACGGCAGUGACAGAACUGUGAUAUUCGAGAGUGGAGUGACCGUGACAGAGAGCCUCGCCGUGGACUGGGUGGGCAGGAACUUGUACUGGACUGACUACGUGCUGGAGACAAUUGAAGUGUCCAAGCUGGACGGCACCCAUCGGACCGUGUUAGUCAGUGAAAAUGUGACCAACCCUCGAGGCCUUGUGCUGGACCCAAGAGACAGUGCUCAUCUGAUGUUUUGGACCGACUGGGGCAGGAACCCCCGCAUUGAAAGGGCAAGCAUGGAUGGAAAACUGAGGACCGUUAUCAUCAGCAGUAAACUUUACUGGCCCAAUGGUCUGACCAUAGACUAUCCAAAUAAUUUACUAUACUUCGCUGACGCCUACUUGGAUUUCAUCGACUACUGCGAUUAUGAUGGCAACAACAGGAAACAAGUCUUGGCCAGCGACCUGGUACUGCAACACCCCCACGCAAUUACCAUUUUUGAGGAUUUUGUCUAUUGGACCGACAGAUACAUCAACCGAGUGAUGCGAGCUCAUAAGUGGCAUGGGGAGAACCAGACAGUGAUGCUGUUCAACCUUCCACAGCCUAUGGGUCUGGUGGCAGUGCACCCGGCCAGGCAGCCAACAGGGGAAAAUCACUGCUUGAGAAGUCCCUGUACACACAUCUGCCUGCUCUCUGCUGUUGGACCAAGAUACUACUCGUGUGCUUGCCCUUCAGGCUGGACACUGGCAACAGACCAAUUCACCUGCACCAGAGUUGAGGAUCCUUUCCUAGUCGUCGUGAGAGACAGCAUCAUUUAUGGGAUUCCUUUGAACCCUGAGGACAAGAGCAACGAUGCGAUGGUUCCUGUUGCUGGUCUUCAGAACGGCUACGAUGUGGACUUUGAUCACAGUGAACAGACCAUCUACUGGGUGGAGCAUCCGGGUGAGAUCCACAGGGUGAAAUCGGAUGGUACGAACCGGACGGAGUUUGCACCUGCAGCUGUUCUUGGCUCGCCUGUUGGUCUGGCCUUAGACUGGUUAACGGAGAACCUUUAUUACACCAAUCCAGCUGCCCAGUCUAUUGAGGUUUUAAAGCUGAGAGGGGAGGUACAGUACCGGAAAACUCUAAUCACAAACAACGGCUCUCCAACUGGUGUUGGCAGUCCUGUUGGCAUUGCAGUGGAUCCAGCACGUGGCAAACUGUAUUGGACAGACCAGGGAACGGAGAGUGGUAUCCCUGCCAAGGUGGCGUCUGCAGACAUGGAUGGCCUAAAUCCUGUCACCCUGUUUACCAAUAACCUCGAUCAUAUUGAGUUCCUCACUGUGGACUCCCAAGACAACAAGCUGUACUGGGCUGUGACAAGCACCGGCAUGAUUGAAUGCGGUGACACGGAUGGAAGUAACCGCAUCACCAUAGUGUCCGGGCUGUCUCACCCAUGGGGUGUGGCCGUCUACCAGAACUUCCUCUAUUUCACUGACCGCGACUUUGAGGUGAUCGAGCGUGUUGACAAGUCCACAGGUGCCAACAAGGUCGUGCUGCGGGACAACGUGUCUGGACUUAGAGUCCUGAAAAUUCAUUUUCGGCAGACAUCUGCAGGUACAUCUAACGGCUGCACAGACAACCUGGGAGCAUGUGAACAGCUCUGUCUGCCGCGACCGCACAGCCUUUUUACCUGUGCAUGCGCGACAGGUUUCAAACUUAACGUCGACAACAGGACCUGUGCACCUUACCAGUCCUACGUCGUCAUUUCUACUCUGUCUGCUAUUAAAGGCUUCAGCCUGGAAGGGUCGGAUCACUCUGAGGCCAUGGUCCCUGUAGCCGGGAGAGGCCGCAAUGCGUUACACAUAGAUGUGCACGUGGCCUCCGGCUUCAUUUACUGGUGUGACUUCAGCAGCACCGCGGCGACACAGAAUGGGGUCAGACGUAUAAAACCGGACGGCUCCGGAUUACAUAGUGUAGUAACGUCUGGAAUAGGACGCAAUGGGAUACGAGGCAUCGCGGUGGACUGGGCUUCAGGGAACCUGUAUUUCACCAACGCCUUCCUGACUGAGACAUAUGUCGAGGUUCUUCGCCUGAACACGACUUUCCGCAGGGUGCUGCUGAAGACCCAGGUUGAUAUGCCUCGCCACCUUGUUGUAGACCCUAGAAACAGAUACUUGUUUUGGGCUGAUUAUGGCCAGAAUCCCAAAAUUGAACGAGCGCUACUGGACGGAACCAACCGCACCGUUUUAGUGUCCUCUGGGAUCAUUACUCCGCGAGGUCUCGCUUUGGACUGGGAAACCGGCUACAUCUACUGGGUAGAUGACUCUCUGGAUAUGAUUGCUCGCAUCAACCCUCAAGGAGGGGAAACGGAGAUCGUAAGGUACGGCAGCCGCUAUCCAACCCCUUACGGAAUAACAGUGUUUGAGCACAGCAUCAUUUGGGUGGACAGAAACCUGAAGAAAGUGUUCCAAACAAGCAAAGAGCCCGGCAACACGGAGCUGCCUGCUGUCAUCCGAGACAAUAUCAACAUGCUGAGAGACGUUACUGUCUUUGACCAGCGUACCCAGCCCACCGGCAUCCAAGAACUGAACUACAACCCCUGUAUGGAAGGCAAUGGAGGCUGUUCCCACUUUUGCUUCACCUUUCCUGGUUUUGACGCAGGCGCUCAGAACAAAAAGUGCAGCUGUGCCUUUGGGAAUCUUGCUGCAGAUGGAAAGACCUGCGUAACGUCAAGGGAUGAUUACCUCAUCUAUACUACUGAGAGCACAGUGCGCAGCUUGCGACUCGAUCCCGAGGACCAUGCGGUGCCGUUUCCUGUCGUCAAUGUUCCUCGUACCGCAGUGGCUUUGGAUUUCGAUCUCAGAGACAACAGGAUCUAUUUUACACAGAGCUCAGGUUCAGGAGCAAGCAAGAUCAGCUACAUCAGCCUGUCCUCUCCUACUUCAGCUCCUGUUUUUGUAGCUUCAGAUCUUGGGGCUCCUGAUGGCAUUGCAUAUGACUGGAUAAACAAAAGGAUAUACUACAGCGAUUAUGUCAACCAAAGCAUCAGCUCUAUGUCAGUGGACGGCUCUCAGAGAACCGUUAUCGCUCACAUGUCCAGACCUAGAGCCAUCAUGUUGGAUCCCUGCAGGGGGUACAUGUACUGGACGGAUUGGGGAACCCAUGCAAAAAUUGAGCGAGCCACUUUGGGUGGAAACUUCAGAACAGAGAUUGUGAACAGCAGUCUGGUGUGGCCCAACGGCCUGACGCUGGACUAUGAAGAGGAAAGGCUAUAUUGGGCAGAUGCCAGCUUACAGAAGAUUGAGCGAUCGUCUCUCACGGGCUCCAACCGUGAGGUCAUUGUUGGCACAGCUAUCUACCCGUUUGCUAUGACAAUGUUUGGUCAGUUUAUCUACUGGACUGACUGGAACACCCGCAGCAUCUAUCGGGCCAACAAGCACGAUGGUUCCGGCCAGACGGUCAUGAUUCAGAACCUCCCAUCUCGGCCUAUGGACAUCCAUGCCUUGGCCGGCAGGAAGCAGCAGCAGUGUGACAGUCCCUGCCAGCAGUUCAACGGAGGCUGCAGCCACAUCUGCACGCCAGGACCUAAUGGGGCUGAGUGUCAGUGUCCGUCCGAGGGCCGCUGGUACCUGGCCGACAACAAGUUCUGCAUCCCUGAUAAUGGGACUCGCUGCCAGCCUGGCCAGUUCGCCUGUAUGAAUGGCCGUUGUAUUCGAGCUCAGUGGAAAUGUGACAAUGAUGACGACUGCGGAGAUGGAAGCGAUGAACUGGAGAGAGUCUGUGGACAUAAACCAAUCUUGAGCUUUGCUGUCCCACAGUUGCUAUCAUCCUUUAUUGCCUUGUCAGCCUUCCACACCUGUGAGCCCACGGUGUUUACAUGUGACAACGGCCGCUGUGUUCCCUACCACUACCGCUGUGACCAUUAUGAUGACUGUGGAGACAACAGCGAUGAAGGUGGCUGUCUGUUCAGACCCUGUGACCCCAAUACAGAGUUCAGCUGCAACAACGGUCGCUGCAUUGCCAAGGACUACGUUUGCAAUGGCAUCAACAACUGCUACGACAAUGGGACCUCUGAUGAGCAGAACUGCCCGGAGAGAACUUGUCAGCCUGAACAGACGAAAUGCCAGUCUACUAACAUCUGCAUCCCACGUUCAUACCUGUGUGAUGGAGACAACGAUUGUGGGGACAUGAGUGAUGAGAGCCCUACACACUGCGCUGCAUCCACUUGUUCCGAGAGUGAGUUCCGUUGCUCCAGCGGCCGCUGCAUCCCCGCCCACUGGUACUGUGACGGAGGGUCUGAUUGCUCCGACGGCUCUGAUGAACCCCUCUCCUGCACUACGCUGGUCAGAACCUGCAGCGCAGACCAGUUCCACUGCGAUGACGGCAGGUGCAUUGCCUUAUCUUGGGUCUGUGAUGGGGACAAUGACUGUGGUGACAUGAGUGACGAAGAUCAGAGACAUAAUUGUGCCAAUCGUACAUGCACAAGUACAGAGUUCACUUGCGUGAACAACCAACCACCUCAGCGUAAAUGUAUUCCACAUGACUGGGUUUGUGACGGAGAUGCAGACUGCGCAGACGCUUUAGAUGAGCAUCAAAACUGCACGCACAGAUCCUGCGGUGUCAAUGAGUUCACCUGCAGUAAUGGUCUCUGCAUACGAAGCUCCUACAGGUGUGAUCGGCGCAACGACUGUGGGGACAGCAGUGAUGAACAGGGCUGCGCGUACCUGUCCUGCCAAGCGCACCACUUCACCUGCCAGAACGGCCGUUGCGUGUCCCUCGACUUUGUUUGUGAUGGCGACAAUGACUGUGGGGAUGAGUCCGAUGAGCUGGAGCACAUGUGUCACACGCCAGCGCCCACGUGCCCCCCGGGAGAGUUCAAGUGUGAAAAUGGACACUGCAUUCCCCUGAGCCAGGUGUGCAACCGGAACGAUGACUGCUCUGACAACAGCGAUGAGAAAGGAUGUGGUAUCAAUGAGUGCACCGACCCGUCCAUUCACCACUGUGACCACAACUGCACGGACACGCCCACCAGCUUCAUCUGCACCUGUCGCCCUGGCUACCGCCUCAUGUCUGACUUCAAAACGUGCGACGACGUCAACGAGUGUGCAGAGACCCCCAGCGUGUGCAGUCAGAUCUGCGAAAACACCGUCGGUUCCUAUGUGUGCAAAUGCGCUCCGGGAUACCUCAGAGAACCAGAUGGGCACAGCUGCCGUCAGAACAGCAACAUCUCGCCUUACCUCAUCUUCAGCAACCGUUACUAUCUGAGGAAUCUCUCCACCGACGGCCAGGCCUACUCGCUCAUCAUGCAGGGCCUGACCAGCGUGGUUGCUUUGGACUUCGACCGCGUCGACAAACGCCUCUAUUGGAUCGAUGUGAGUCGCAGAGUGAUAGAGAGGAUGUCUUUUAACGGCAGUAACCGAGAGGUGGUGGUUAACGGCGUUCUGCACGGGGAGGGCCUUGCAGUCGACUGGAUAGGCAGGAAGCUCUACUGGGUGGACAGCUUCUUGGACUGUCUCAAAGUGUCCGAACUGGAUGGUCGCUUCGUCAAAAAACUAGCUGAACACUGUGUGGAUGCCAAUAACACCUACUGCUUUGAAAACCCCAGGGGCAUUGUGGUGCAUCCAAAAUAUGGAUAUGUAUACUGGACAGACUGGGCAGACAAGGCUUACAUAGGUCGCGUUGGAACAGAUGGAACCAGCAAAGCAGCCAUCAUCACCACAAAGCUGGAGUGGCCCAACGGUAUCACGAUUGACUACACUAAUGACAUGCUCUACUGGUCCGACGCUCAUCUCAAUUACAUCGAAUACUCCAACCUGGAUGGUCAGCACAGGCACACGGUCUAUGAUGGAAAUUUGCCGCACCCAUUUGCCCUGACUGUGUUUGAGGACAUUAUCUACUGGACUGACUGGAACACACGCACGGUGGAGAAGGGCAACAAAUACGACGGCUCUGGCCGUGAAGCCCUCGCUAACACCACGCACAGGCCGUUCGACAUUCAUGUGUGCCAUCCGUACCGACAGCCUAUCGGGAACAAUCCCUGCGCUGUGAACAAUGGCGGCUGUUCACACCUGUGCUUGAUCCGUCACGGGGGCCGAGGACAUACCUGUGAGUGCCCCGACCAUUUCCUGACUGUUCAAAUAGGAGGUGCGAGUCGAUGCUUGCCCAUGUGCACCAGCACCCAAUACCGAUGUGCUAACAAUGAACGUUGCAUUCCCAUCUGGUGGAAGUGCGACGGUCAGCAGGACUGCAGAGACGGCUCAGAUGAGCCCUCCACCUGCCCCGUUCGCCACUGCAGACUGGGCCAGUUCCAGUGCGGCGAUGGGAACUGCACCAGCCCACACUUCCUGUGUAACAGCAACCAGGACUGUCCAGACGGGUCGGACGAAGACGCUGUUCUGUGUGCCACACACCAGUGCGAAAGCCAUCAGUGGCAGUGCACGAAUAAGCGCUGCGUCCCAGAGUCGUGGCAGUGCGACGGCGAGGAUGACUGCGGUGAUCAGUCUGAUGAAGACCCCACCCACUGCUCCAGCAGGACCUGCCGCCCCGGGGAAUUCAAAUGUCGCAACGGACGCUGCAUCCCGCAAAACUGGAAAUGUGACAUUGAUGAUGAUUGUGGUGAUAAUUCAGACGAACCGCUGGAGGAGUGCAUGGGUCCAGCAUAUCGAUGUGACAACCACACAGAGUUUAACUGUAAGACCAACUAUCGCUGUGUCCCCCUGUGGUCUGUUUGCAACGGACAUAAUGAUUGUAGAGACAACAGUGAUGAGCAGGGCUGUGAUGAAGUGACGUGUGAUCCUGUUGGAGACUUCCGCUGUGACAACCACCGUUGCAUCCCGCUGAGAUGGAGGUGUGACGGAACCGACGACUGUGACGACAGCUCAGACGAGCAAAGCUGCACGCCACGCUCAUGCACGGAGAGCGAGUUUCGUUGUGACAAUCUGCGCUGCAUUCCCAACCGUUGGGUCUGUGACCAUGACAACGACUGUGAGGACAACUCUGAUGAAAGGGACUGUGAGUUGCGAACUUGUCAUCCUGGCUACUUCCAAUGUGGCAGUGGACACUGCAUCGCUGAACGUUUCAAAUGCGAUGGCAAUGCCGACUGUUUGGACUACACAGAUGAGAUGUCGUGCUCGACCCGUUUUCCCAACGGAACCUACUGCCCGCCGUUCCUGUUCGAAUGCAAGAACCACGUUUGUGUCCAGCCUCACUGGAAAUGUGAUGGAGACAACGACUGUGGAGACAACUCGGAUGAGGAGCUACAUCUCUGCUUGGACAUCCCGUGUGAGACCCCCUUCCGUUUCCGCUGUGACAACAACCGAUGCAUCUACAGCCACGAGCUGUGCAAUUCUCUGGAUGACUGCGGUGACGGCUCUGAUGAAAAGCAGCAAAACUGUCAAAGCCCCACACACGGACCCUGCACUGAUGAUGAAUACAAAUGCAGCAAUGGCCAGUGUAUCCCCCUAGAGUACGUCUGUGAUGGAGUCGACAGCUGUGGGGACGAGUCGGAUGAGCUUGGCUGUCACCAAGGCAGUGGGCACACCUGUAGCGCUAACAUCUGUGAACACAACUGCACCGACCUGAAGGACGGAGGCUUUCUCUGCUCAUGCAGACCCGGUUACAGGCCCAGAGCCACAGAAAGACACAACUGUGAAGAUGUGAACGAGUGUGAGGUGUACGGAACGUGUCCUCAGGAUUGCAAGAACACAAAAGGCAGUUAUGAGUGUUUCUGUGCUGAGGGUUUUGUCUCUUUUGGCGAACCGCAUGGGACUGAGUGUGCUGCUCAAGGAAACCCACCAGUGCUGCUCCUGCCAGACAACGUUCGAAUCCGUCGUUUCAACCUGUCAUCUGAGCAGUAUUCGGACUAUGUGGCCGAUACCGAACACGUUCAAGCCUUGGAUUACCUUUGGGAUCCAGAGAACGACGGCCUUAGUGUUGUUUAUUGGACAGUUCUCGGUCGGGGAUCUCAGUUUGGCUCCAUCAAACGUGCUUAUAUGACCACAUUCAAUGAUUACGGCAACAACCCUGUGAAACAAGUGGAUCUGAACCUGCGGUACAUCUCUAAUCCCGACGGCAUCGCUGUGGACUGGGUUGGCGGGCACAUUUACUGGACAGAUUCAGGAACCAAUCGAAUUGAAGUAGCCAAACUAGAUGGGCGGUACAGGAAGUGGUUGAUCUACACUGACCUUGAUCAGCCUGCUGCCAUCGUUGUGAAUCCAUCUCUUGGGAUCAUGUACUGGGCAGACUGGGGGAAAAAACCCAAAAUUGAGGCGGCGUGGAUGGAUGGUCAGCACAGAGAGGUGCUGGUGAAUGAGGAGGAUCUGGGAUGGCCUACUGGCCUGGCUGUGGACUAUGUUAAUGGGAACAGGAUCUUCUGGUGCGACGCCAAAGAAAACAUCAUUGAGUCCAUGAAGCCCGAUGGCACGGACAGAAAGAUCGUUGUAUCAGGAGAUAUCGGACAGCCCUACAGUCUGGAUGUCUUUGAGGGGCACGUAUACUGGACCACAAAAGAGAAAGGUGAAGUUUGGAAAAUAAACAAGUUUGGUCAGGGAAAUAAAGUCAAACUUCUCACCAUCAACCCCUGGCUGACUCAAGUCCGUAUUUACCAGGAGCACCGGAUCAAUCAGUCAGUGGCCAGCCCGUGUAAGAACGUGUGCACUCACCUGUGCCUCCUCCGGCCUGGUGGUUACACCUGUGCCUGCCCGCAGGGUUCCCCUUCAAUGAAUAUCGACUCCACUGAAUGUGAUGCAGCCAUUGAGGCUCCCGUUGCAAUGCCCCUUGCAUGCAGAUGCAUGAAUGGUGGAACCUGCUACACUGAUGAAGGGGGUCUGCCUAAGUGCAAAUGUCCAUAUGGUUAUGUGGGCAGCUACUGUGAGAUGGGGAAGUCGAGGGGCGCUCCCGCCGGAACAGCCGUGGCUGUUCUCCUGGCCGUCAUUAUCAUCCUGAUCACCGGAGCUUUGGCAGUUGGGGUUUUCAUCAACUACAAGCGAACAGGAUCUUUCAUCCCCUCCAUGCCCAAACUACCCAGCCUCAGCAACUUGGUGAAGUCAGCUGACACUGGAAACGGGGUGACAUUCCGGUCGGGUGAUAAUGUGGAUCUUGGACCAUCGCACGUUGGGGUGUCAUUCAUUGACACGGCAAUGCAGAUGGAUGAUAAUUUUGCUGUUGAUACCGGGAGACAGCCGAUCACGUUUGAAAACCCGCUGUACGCCAACGUUCCUGUUUCCAGUGCUCCAGCUGUCAUUCAUGCCACACAGGUAACUGUUAACGUGAGUGGCGAGCAGCUGGAGAACAACUUCGUGAACCCAACCUACCACGGAGAGCAGAGCGUGGCCGUCGCCAACACGUCGUCUGCAAGCAGCAAACCUGUCCAGGAGUCAAGGUGGAGCUUAUUCAAACGAAAAUUAAAACCAAGCAGCACAUUUGAAAACCCGUCAUAUUCAGAGAUGAAGGAUGAAAAGCCAGCGGAAGUCAGUGCGGAUCCUUCUGCCGCCGAGCCGUCUCCGUUCGUCCCACCCGCCAAACCUGUGAAGCGGGAUCGUCCCAGCACCUUCUCCCCCACCGAGGACAGUUUCAAAGACACGGCCACCCUUGUCAAAGAGGACAGCGACGUAUAACCCCCGCUGUCACUGACGGGAAUCAAAGAAACACACUUUGCACAGAAUUUAUUUUUUUAUGCAGCCUGUGUACAAAAUUCAAAUUGUGUAAGGACAUAUGUAUAUGUAUAUAUGUCUCUACGAUUGGAGAAAAAAAUCUUAUGUGACUAUGCCUUCUGACAUUUCUUAUGCCAACUCUUGUGUCAAUGUUUUGUUUUCUUUAUUAUGAUGUACAAUAUGUAUAUCUUUGCACUGAAGCUGCUGAUAGAAAUGUUAAUAUGUUGUAUAUUUGUAAAUUUCAAGGGUACGAUUUUUUUUUUGUCAGAAAUAUCCGAAUUAGUUCAAAUGUUCAGCAUAAACACGGUAUAACACAAAUUAAAGGUGGGCUGCGUUCUGAAUGUACAGUACUUACAUGAUCAAAUGAAAUAUGUUGGGUUAUGAUGAUUUGGCCACCAAACUAAACUGAGGAUGCAUUUACUUCAACUUGCAUGUUUAUAUUGUAUCUCAUUCAGGGCUGAGAAGUUACAGAUCAACAAAAAAAAAAAGAUUUUAACUCGGUUUCGUUUUUUGCUCCAGUAUGACGAGGAAUAAGAACUUAAACGUGUGCAAAGCAUACUAUUGUACUUAAUCACACCCAUUUGAAUUUGAAUGAACAUGAUUAUUUUCACCUUGUUUUUAAUGGCCGAUAUAGAUGAACGUGUCCGUGUGUGAUGCACGGAUGUGUAGUUAAUAAUCUUGGGGAUGCAUAUGCAAACAUUUCUGAGUACAGUGAAUGAAUUCCUCACAGACUGAUUCUUUUUGUAUAAUAAUUAUGAGUUUACAUUAAAAAAAGAAAAUCAUGCCCAUGUGAAUUAAAUUGAUGCUGCUGAGA